UCACGCGCAUCUUUCUUUUCUAUUGCAAUUCCCAUUGUCCUUUAAUUCUGUCAAGAGUUAGCUGUCAAGUUUUGCUUUCCAAUUCCGCGGAGGGUAGCUUUAAGGCGGAAGAAAACAGCAUCUUUCUUUCGUCUGUAAGGAUUGGAGCUUCGUCGUCUCCCCUGCAUCUGCAUGCUGAUGCUGUGGUGGAUCUGAGAUCCAAAAGCUUUGGUUGUAGAUCGAUUAGGUACAUCUCUAUCUCUCAAACACACCAACAGCACCAACUACUCCCUUUCUUCUUAUUAUUCUCUUCUCUCUAUUUUCCCUUUAAUUUUUACUUUACAAGAAGACCUACUCAGUCACCUCUCUCUUCCCUCUCUCCAGCUGCUUCUUCUCAUUUAAGACGAGGUAUUCAUCUGUUCCUUAAUUAUCUCUCUCUCUCUCUCUCUAGUUCUUUUAUUUUCUUUGCCAGUUGAAUCAAGAUAUGAGUUCGAAUGGUACCAACCUAGAUAGAAUUAUAAAGACAGAAAGAAAGUUGAAUAUAUUGUUUUCUUCUUCUUAAUAUCCAGACGCACACACAAACACAUAUAGCUACCUCUUUGAAAUCUCAUUUCACAGGACAGGAGGAAAUUGCUUUUGACAAACAUCAUGGAUGCGUGUGUGGGGAAGAUUGUCCAAUUGCUCGCAGAUGGCUUGAUUAAUUAUGUCAAGCGCCAUGGGGCCUAUGUGAUUCGAUACAAGAACAAGGUUCAGCUACUCGAACAAGAAAAUAAGAGGCUCGGUGAAAAAAAGGAGAGUAUCCAAGGAAUGGUGGGUAGAGCCACAAACAAUGGGAAAGCCGUUGAGACUGAGGUCUCCAGUUGGCUAAAGGACGCUGAAGACAUGGAAGGAGACAUCACCAACAUCCUGCAUCCACAAGAAAACAGAGAAUCCUUCAAGUGUUUUAAGGGCUGCAUGUGUCCCAACUUAAUGUGGCGUCACAAGAUGGGUAAGGAAGCUGACAAGAGGAAGCUGGACGUCAGCGAACUGAUAAGUAGGGGUGACCGACUACUGAACUCGCCAGUGGCACGCGAUGCACCUUUCCAAUGGGAGCCGCAUUUUGAUUCUUAUGAGUAUUACACCAAGUUUGACUCAAGAGCUUCAGUUUUUGAUAAAAUCAUGGAGGCUUUGAAGGAUUCUGGGGUUGACAUGAUUGGGGUCCAUGGGCCUGGUGGAGCUGGGAAGACGACGAUGGUGAAAGAGGUUGCCAAAGAAGCUAAGAAACUAGGAAUUUUUUUUAAGAUUGUGAUAGCAGUUGUGUCUAAAGAUCCAAACACCUCAAAACUACAAGAAGAGCUUGCACCCCAAUUGGAUCUCAAGUAUAAACAAAGAAGUGACUCAGGAAGAGCGGAUGAGUUACGAAAGACAUUGUUAAACGGGAAGAAGAUAUUGGUAAUAUUGGAUGACCUUUGGCAAGGACUAGACUUGAAUGCAGUUGGAAUUCCUAUUUCGGGCCCUAGCCACAAAGAUUGCAAAAUUUUGCUAACCUCGCGUAGAAAAGAUGUCUUCAAAGUGAUGGGCGUUCAUUCAUAUUUUUCCAUUGGGUACUUGGCGGAGAACGAAGCAUGGGAGUUGUUUACAAAGGUGACAGGAGAUUUUGGAGUCGAUGAAUUGAUAGCAAGAGAGGUGAGCAAGAAAUGUGGAGGUCUGCCUAUCGCUAUCGUUGCAGUUGCAGCUGCAUUAAAGGACGAGGAAGAGGUUGAGUGGCGCAAUGCACUUCUCCAAUUAAAGAAUUCCCCCCUAAAAUACAUUGAAGAAAUUGAUCCAGUGGGUUAUACCCCCUUGAAGUGGAGCUAUGAUUUUCUAAAAGACGAGGAUGCAAAGUCGUGUUUCUUGCUCUGCUGUUUGUUCCCUGAAGAUGCUGAGAUUUCUAUUGAUGACUUGGUUAAAUAUAGCUUUGCCCUGGGGUUCCUUAGAAGGGUGGAUACGCUGAAAGAUGCAAGAAUUGAAGUACAAGCCAUGGUUAAUAAGCUGAAAAGGUCUUGCUUGUUACUAAAUGGAGAAGACGAGAAUUAUGUCAAAAUGCAUGACGUUAUUCGUGACCUUGCAAUUUCUAUCACAGAGGUGAAGCAAACAGAACACAGCGGUGGCCAAGAUUGGCCAAGACAACAACAGUUCAUGGUAGAUCACGAAAUUCGAGUGUGGCCGAAGAAUGAUGCCUGGAAGCAGCACACAGCAAUCUCAUUAAGGAUCAAUAAUGACAACUUUCCUUCUCAUUGCGGCGUGCUCGAUUGUCCACUAGUGCAUACCCUUGUGUUGAAGCUUGGAAAAUCUUCACGUAUAAUUCCGAAUGACUUCUUUCAAGGCAUGGAGGAGGCAAGAGUUUUAGAUUUGGAAAGCAUAUCGUUGGAGCUCCCAUCGUCAAUUUUGGAGUUGUAUCAUUUUCGGAUGUUACGUCUAAGGUAUUGUAAAUUAUUGGGAGACUUGACUACAAUCCAAAAUUUAAAAAAUCACAUUGAGAUACUUAGUUUUGAGGGAUCUGAAAUAAAAGAGUUGCCACAAGAGAUUGGAGAAUUGACUCGUUUGCGGUCUUUGGAUCUGAGAACGUGGAUGCUGGAGGUGAUUCCAAAGGGUGUGAUAUCUAAUUUGAUCCAUUUAGAAGAGUUGUAUGUCUUAGGCAGCUUUAGUGGAUGGGAUACCACUGUAAAUGGUGAGGGAAAGAGUAAUGCGAGCAUUGCUGAGCUGAAAUCAUUGACUCAAUUAACAGUUUUAUAUGUUAGUAUUUCAGCAGAAAGUUUCAAGAUUAUGGUGCAAGGAUGCCCCAAUUUAUUUGGGAAAUUGAUUAAUUUUGCAAUACUAAUAAACUCUCGCUCGUCUUUUAUUAAUCGUAUUCAAACCUUGAAUGUUUUGGAAAUUCGUGAUAUUCAUCGUAUAGAUGAUGAAUUUCAUCUCUUGAUGAACAAAGUUAGUGUGUUGACGUUAAGGUGGAUUCCGCAUUUGGAAGGGCUGAUGUUACAAUGCAAGCCACAACUAAAGUUUAUAGCAAGUGGUGGGGGACCUUUUAGUAAAUUAACCUCUUUAGAAAUUGAUAACUGUCACGGUCUGAAAUUUCUCUUUUCCUCCUCCAUUGCCAGAGAACUCCAACAACUUCAAAAACUGAAAGUAUCAUGUUGUAGCAAAAUGGAACAAAUAAUUGGAGCAGUAGAUCAUCAUCACGGAGAUAAAGUAGUAACUGAUGAAGCAAUUAUUUUCAGUCGAUUGGUGGACUUGAAGUUGUCGAGUCUUUCACAUUUUAAAAGCUUCUACCCCAAAAUGGAGAAGACAACAACUGAGAAAAACCUUCCAAAUUUUACCGCAACAACAGAAUCUAUCUUUGAUGAAAAGGUUCUUUUUCCCGUCUUAACACGUUUGGCGAUUUAUAAGUUACCAAUGGAAUAUAUUUGGAACAACCAAGCAAUUCAAUCCCCACGAUUGCAAAAUUUGGAGAAGUUAAAGGUUGCUAUUCCCAAGAUGAAAACUCUUCGUUUGGAACGCUUGAAUUGCACAAGACAGAUACAACUCUGGGAUCUAGUUAUCACACAAGAAUAUCUACAAGAACAUCCAUAUGACGUGACAUUAAUCGGAUGCCAAGUCUCGACCAAGGUUUUAUCUCAUCAUUUGAAUCAAAGCUUUAGAAUGAUCGACAAUUUAUGCUUAACGAAUUGUCUGGGGUUUAAACAUCUUAUUGACCUUGACGGGACAAUAAGCGUUGGUGAAGAGAAGUUUGUUGAUGCGGGAACUUUACAUCUCUCUGAUUUACCUGAAUUGGUGUCUUUGUGGAAUAAGAAUCUUCGUGAAAUUAAGGGUUUUCGAAGCUUAACGAUCAUAGCUAUCAUGAAAUGUCCCCAAAUGAAAAGUCUGCUUACACAUUCCAUGGUUAUGACUCUUCAACACCUAGAAAUGCUAAGGGUGGAAUCUUGUGAAAUGAUGGAAGAAAUUAUUAUUAUUGAUGAGAAUAAUCUUAAUAUUGUAGGGGAAGGAAAGGCAACAUGGCAGAUUGAAUUUCCAAAAUUAGAAUGUUUGUGUUUAUAUAAUCUACCAAACCUCAAAUACUUUUGCAAUGAUGAAAGAGCUUCCUUUAGCUUUUCAUCCUUGUGCGAGGUUAAGGUGAGGAAUUGUCCAAAAAUGAAGACCUUUGCAUCUGGACAAAUUUGCUUGCCGCCAAAGAUGAUACGAGCCUUGGUAGAUUAUGAAGACAAGAGACAAUAUGAAGAGGUUGAAAUUACAAAUCUUAAUGCAUUUUUGGAGGACAGGAACCACAUGGCGAAAAUCAUACACUGGGGAGACUCACGCAGCCGUUAUUUUAUGGAAAUAUUUUAAGUCCAUUGGGUGCUAUUGGAAAAUGAACCAUCUGUUUUAAAUGAGCCUGAUGUGAAUAACAGGUUUGAUAAGGUUGAUGGGUACUUGUUUUUAAGUUUGGGGUUGACUUCAAAUCAAAAUGCUUGGGCAGGUCCUGAUCACUGGAAGUAUCGAAAAACAAAAGAUUCAGAGGGUCCUCCCAGAGAAAAUGGAUCACCCAUGACAACUAAGAAACCUAGAAAAAACAAGCAGAACUUGAUAUUGAUUUUACAAAAGCCUUAGACAAUCAAAUACUGGAUGUCUUUGCUCAUCCCAAGAAUCCCAAUUCACUACUUCUGCCAGCAAAUAGACCACUUGUAGCACGACACUUCCAGAAGAUUGCCAUUAUCAGCCAGAGGAGCUUGUCAAAUUAUUUCUUGUGCCUAAUCUCAUGGUAAUGUGGCUUUGAUUAUGAAUGGAGAUAUGAUUUACCAUUUUUGACAUUUGAUAACCUCUUUAUGAUAUUAUUUUCUUUUCUUUUUUUAUGGUUGAAGUGCCUUGGGAAGAGAGCAAGAAAGUCGUCAGCUAAAUAAUCUGAGCUCCAAUAAUGAUAGUAGUCUUUGAUAUUGAACAGUUCCACAUGAUGUGAAGAACUCUCUCUCAACACCCCCCCCCCCCCCCCCAAAAAAAAAAAAAAAAAUGAAGGAAGAUAUGACUGUAAGAAACUAAAUGCUUAAACUGAAAGCAGAAGGUUUGUAUUCUAUAAUCUGUAUAACUGAAUUAUGACAUGUUUAUAUCUUUAUAUUCUGAUUCUGUGGCAGUCUGUGUGCUCACAAGUUCAAACUGUAGGAAAGAGUUAAGGUUGUAGACUUGUAGUCUUGCAAAGUUGAAAGGUUUAUAAUGCCAACUGUUGAGGCUGAGGUAAUUGGCACCAUCACAUAAAUAACUGUAUCUAAACAAGGAAUUUAGACAUUCAGACUGGCAGUCUCAUGGUUUUUUACAUAUGAAUCCAAAUGAGGAUUUACAUCAUGGAGUUCCAAUUGCUCAUCAUAAUAUAUGGCGUGUAGCCUGUGAGGUAUCUUGAAAUACUUUUUCUUUUUUUCUGUUUUUGGGUUGGCUUUAUAAGACCAUAUUGGGGCCUAUCAAAAGUGAUAAGAGCAAGAACAAAAAGAACUUGAUGGGAAAUCCUUAAACAUGGCAUAGAAUAUAAUGACUUUAGGGAGGAUAUGACAAUGGAUAGGAAUGGUUGGAGAGGUAGAAUUCAUGUAAGCCAAGUCCACCUAGUGGGAUUAAGGCUUGUGAUUGUAGUUGUAAUUAGGUCCAUGGGAUACUUGACAUUUCUUCUCCAUCAUAUGCUUCUAAGAUUUGUUUCUGUAUACCUUUGAUUUUUGGUCAUCAACCUCAUAUUUAGAACUCUUCCAUUUGAUAAAUGGCAACUGCAUGGCUUAGAAAUCAGACUAAAUUUUUUCUCCUUGUUUUCUGUUUAACAUAUGUCAAGUACUAAUACUAUUAUUGAUUGAAAAGCAGAAAAUGGACUAUAAGACUGCAAUAGUUAAAUACUUUCAUAUCUAGGAAUUCCUCUGGAUUAAGGCCAGUAAGCCUUUUUAUGCUUUGUAGUAAUACUUUUUUUUUUUUUAAAUCUCUUGUAGUUGGUUGCAUCAUAUAUGCGAUACUUUUCUAUCUUUUGGUGUUCUUUGGUAACCAUGAGAUGCAAUUUCUUUUGAGAAAAUGAUUGUUACUUUUAACCUGACUUAUUGCAUAUAAUUCUGACAACAAUUGAGGUUGUACAUUUUCUGAUUGCGACAUUCUGUCUUGCUAGAAGACAUCUUUCUUGUUCAUUAACCAUUACUAGUUUGUCUUCCCAUGCCUCAAUCAUUUCUUUCUAUGUUAUAGAAAUACGUAAAAUAUACUUAAUGUAUUGUUAUUCUGUGGAUUUUUUGUGCCUGAUGCUGCCUUCAGAGGAAUGGAGUGAACAAAGAGAUGAUAUGGACCAUUGCCAUCAUGGGAUGAUGAAAAUGGAUUUGAUGGUCAAUAUGAUGAUGGAGGUGUUCAUAGUGAUUUGGAGGACUCAGACACACUCGUCUCUCAGUCUCGUCAAAAUGGUUUAUAAUUAUUCAUUUGGUGAUUUAAUAGUAAUGGCGUGUGCACAAAUAGCGAUUUAUUAUUACUUAUAAUUUUAUGAGUUUGCAUCUACCUCUUUAUAUUAGAGGUAAAUAUUGAAAAGAAUAGUGUAUAUGUAUUUUAUAAGCAUUUUGAAUAAAUGUGUGCCUCAUGUGCAUAAGGUUUCCACUUCAUAUUGUGUCUAGUGCCUAGGCCCCAAGCACUCUUUGCACCUAAAUGUGCCUUGUGCCUUUGACGAUUUUGAUGUUAGCUUAUCAGAUUCUAUUUUAUGUAUAUCUGGAAAUUGAUGAUAAAAUAUUCAUAUGUUGUAUUCAACUCAGGCUGCCAUAACUUAGAACAAAAGAAAAGAGAAUUCAAGUAUUGUUUCCCAUGUUGGGUCAAGGAAAGAUGAAGGAUAAAAUUGUUACUCCUUUGCUUAAAUUGAAAUAACUUACUUUUGGUCCCUAUUGGUGAUAGCUUCAAGUUUCAAUUUCUUCUUAUUUUUGGUAAAUUUUACUAACCUGAGAACCUAAAAGAAAUAUGCAAUUACAUAUUUUUUGCCAAAUCAUACUGGUGUGCCUUGAAAUUGCUUACAUUUGCUUAUGCUGCUUCCUUCUUGUAUCAGGUAAAUAAGAUUGAAGUACAAUAUGACAAAAAUUCUAAACAAGUUGAUGUCCAGGCACUGAAAGGUACUCUUUGGGACUGUUUACAAGAAUCUAAACAAGCAAGUAUUCAGGAGGAGAAAGAAAUGGUAUCUUUCAAGAAUGUAUUGGCUAGCUUUCCAAAAGACUGCAGGGCGGCUGCAACACUCAAUGAUAUCUCGCCCCAUUUGUGUUUUAUUUGCCUUCUGCAUUUAGCCAACGAGCAUGGACUGAGAAUCCAUGGCUGUGCCAACUUGGACGAUCCCAGCAUACAUUUUCCACCUAACAGAGGAACAUUUCCAAGUGAAACAGUUUAAUGCUGCGGUUUUUGUUGAUUUUUUUGGUAUGGUUUUGCUGUGUACCUGUAUCAUUCAUAGUUCAAGAUGAAUGUACUGUAGACCUGUGCCAUCAUUCUCAUGCUAGUUCAGGAGAACCUGGAACCUGGCACUGUCAAAAGCUUCAUGUUGUGUUCUGUUAACACUGAUGUUGAAAUCUUGUACAGAUCUUGCUGACAAACAUUUUUGUCUUGGACAGCUUAAAAAUUGGAAUGAGCCGUUCACCAUUCCAACUAA